AUAAAAAAAGACACGAUCUUUGAAUUGGUUCCGAGAAGAGAAAGAAAACGAGGAAGAAGAAGAAAAAGCGUGGGCGAUGAUGGCGCAGGUUAGCAUAAUCAUAGUAAUGUGCACAUUCACGCUAUUCAGAAGGUGACGCCUGAUCCAACGACCCACUUCUGCUGCAUCUUCUCUCUCUCUCUCUCUCUCUCUCUCUUCAACUCUGUCACGCCUUUCUCUCUCUACCAAAAAAAGAAAUUUUCAAUCUUUCGAUUAAAAACGAUUCCUUGACAACAUUUCUUCCGGUUUUAUCAUCCAAAUCAUAAGAAAGGACGCAUUUUUAUUUAUUCUGGAAUUUUUAAGAGAGAUAUAGAGCGAGAGAAGUUAGGAACAGAUCUCUCUCUCUUUCUCUUUUCGCUCAUUCGUGCCAAACGUCUCUUCUUCCAUUAAAAAAAAACCUCAAUUUUGUAGCUUUCCUUGUUUGAUACAACGGGUACGCGAUUUUCAGUUCUGGGUCAGAGGAAAACGGAGGACUUCUUCUCUCGAGUUUCUUAGAGCAUCGGAAAUUGAGGUCUAGAUUAGGGUUUGUGAGAAAUUCGAGAUUUUUUUGAGAGGUUUAGUUGCUGAUUCUUGUUUGGAACAGUGAUGCUCUGAUUGCUUUCUGAAUUUUUAUAAGAAAGAGAAUGAUAAUCAAACGGAAAUUUAAAACCCAGAUACCGAGUUUGCACCACUCGGGCAAUGAGUCCAGAAAGAAGAGAAAGUCGAACUUGGGAGGUUGUUACUAUCCUCUCAAUCUUCUCGGAGAAAUCGCCGCCGGGAUUGUUCCAGGAAAUGGACGGAAUGGAUUCUCUGCUUCCUGGUGCAAUGAAGUUUCCUGUUCGAUGAAACCUGUUGAGGUUGAAGAGUUGAUUUCUAAGAGAAGAUCCGAUUCCGGCGCUGUGAGGGAUCCUCCUCCGGCUGAAGUCUCACGCCCACCGCUUGUUCGAACAUCUAGGGGACGAAUUCAGGUGCUUCCUUCUCGAUUCAAUGAUUCGGUGCUCGAUAAUUGGAGGAAAGAUAGCAAAAGUGAUUGUGAUUUGGAGGAAGAACUAGAAUGCAGGGAUGAUAAAGUUGUUAGUUUUCGGGUUCCUAAAGCUAGUAAUUUGAAAAGCAAGGAACUUUAUAGGAACAGUAAGUAUAGUGCAUUGUGUAAAGAAGCAAGGUUUCACGAGCAACGUAAUGAGGCUCGUGCUCGUGUUGAUGAGAAGCUUCCAAAUAAACAAGGUACUUUUGGGCCUGAGAACUUCUAUUCAGGUGACUUGGUUUGGGCAAAGUCUGGGAGAAAUGAGCCGUUUUGGCCUGCCAUUGUUAUCGAUCCAAUGACACAAGCACCCGAGCUUGUUUUGCGUUCUUGUAUACCCGAUGCUGCCUGUGUUGUCUUCUUUGGCCACUCUGGGAACGAGAAUGAAAGGGACUAUGCAUGGGUGAGGAGAGGGAUGAUCUUCCCUUUUGUGGAUUAUGUUGCCAGGUUCCAGGAACAGUCUGAACUGCAAGGUUGCAAGCCUGGGAAUUUUCAGAUGGCACUGGAGGAAGCAUUUUUGGCAGAUCAGGGAUUCACGGAGAAGUUGAUGCAUGAUAUUCACUUGGCUGCUGGCAACCCGACUUUUGAUGAUUCUUUCUACAGAUGGAUUCAAGAAACUGCGGUCUCAAAUCAGGAUCUCAAUAACAAUGCUCCAACCCAGGGGCUGUUAAAGAAACACAGAAAUCCACUAGCAUGUGCAGGAUGUGAAACGGUCAUUUCUUCUGAGAUGGCAAAAAAAAUGAAAGCUCUGAUUCCUGGAGAUCAGUUGUUGUGUAAACCAUGUUCAAGGUUAACAAAAUCAAAACACAUUUGUGGUAUAUGCAAGAAGAUAAGGAAUCAUUUGGACAGUCAAAGCUGGGUGCGCUGUGAUGGUUGUAAAAUCUGGAUACACGCAGAGUGUGACCAAAUAUCAGAUAAGCAUUUGAAGGAUUUGGGGGAAACAGAUUACUACUGUCCUACUUGCAGAGCUAAAUUUAACUUUGACCUAUCAGAUUCAGAAAAACAAAACUCAAAGUCAAAACUUGGCAAAGGCGAUGGUCAGAUGGUUCUUCCUGACAAGGUUAUUGUUGUAUGCGCUGGAGUAGAAGGAGUUUAUUUUCCGAGGCUCCAUUUAGUGGUAUGUAAGUGUGGCUCCUGUGGACCCAAAAAGAAAGCCCUUAGCGAAUGGGAAAGACAUACCGGAUCAAAGUCAAAAAAUUGGAAGACCAGUGUGAAAGUCAAAAGCUCGAUGCUGGCACUAGAAGAUUGGAUGAUGAAAUUAGCAGAGUUACAUGCAAAUGCUACUGCAGCUAAAGUGCCUAAACGACCUUCCAUAAAGCAGAGAAAGCAGAGAUUGCUUGCUUUUCUAUCAGAGACAUAUGAGCCGGUUAAUGCGAAGUGGACAACAGAACGAUGUGCAGUUUGCAGAUGGGUUGAAGAUUGGGACUACAACAAGAUUAUUAUCUGCAACAGAUGCCAAAUAGCAGUGCAUCAGGAAUGCUAUGGCGCUAGACAUGUGCGUGAUUUCACCUCAUGGGUCUGUAAAGCAUGUGAGAGACCAGAUAUUAAGCGGGAGUGUUGCCUCUGCCCUGUAAAAGGAGGUGCAUUGAAGCCAACUGAUGUGGAAACGUUGUGGGUUCAUGUGACAUGUGCUUGGUUUCAGCCUGAAGUAUGUUUUGCAAGUGAGGAAAAAAUGGAACCUGCAGUUGGGAUUUUGAGUAUUCCAUCAACUAAUUUUGUGAAGAUAUGUGUAAUAUGCAAACAAAUACAUGGCUCGUGUACUCAGUGUUGCAAGUGUUCUACAUACUAUCAUGCCAUGUGUGCCUCCCGAGCUGGUUAUAGAAUGGAGUUGCACUGCUUGGAGAAAAAUGGUCAGCAGAUUACAAAGAUGGUGUCCUAUUGUGCUUAUCACAGGGCUCCAAACCCAGAUAACGUGUUAAUUAUACAAACUCCUUCAGGGGCAUUCUCUGCAAAGAGUCUUGUCCAAAACAAAAAGAAAGGUGGUUCCAGACUUAUUUCAUCAAUCAGAGAAGACAAUGAAGAGUCACCUGCAGAGGAUACCAUUACACGUGAUCCAUUUUCUGCUGCUCGUUGUCGAGUAUUUAAAAGAAAGAUCAAUAGCAAGAAGAGGAUUGAAGAAGAAGCCAUUCCUCACCACACAAGGGGACCACGCCAUCAUCCAUCAGCAGCAAUCCAAACUCUAAACACAUUCAGACAUGUGCCGGAAGAACCAAAAUCGUUUUCUUCUUUCAGGGAACGACUUCACCACUUGCAGAGGACAGAAAUGGAUCGGGUCUGCUUUGGGCGAUCUGGAAUACAUGGAUGGGGUCUUUUUGCAAGAAGAAAUAUCCAAGAAGGAGAAAUGGUUCUUGAAUAUAGAGGGGAACAGGUGAGAGGUAGCAUUGCAGACUUGAGAGAAGCACGGUAUCGCAGAGUAGGGAAGGAUUGCUAUCUUUUCAAGAUCAGUGAAGAAGUAGUGGUUGAUGCUACAGAUAAAGGGAAUAUAGCUCGACUCAUCAACCAUUCGUGUACGCCAAAUUGCUAUGCGAGGAUUAUGAGUGUGGGAGAUGAGGAAAGCAGGAUUGUCCUGAUAGCCAAGGCCAAUGUAGCUGUGGGAGAGGAGUUAACGUAUGAUUACUUAUUUGAUCCAGAUGAGGCAGAGGAACUCAAGGUGCCAUGCCUAUGUAAAGCCCCCAACUGCAGGAAAUUCAUGAAUUAGAAUAGAAAACCUUAUUGUAGGGUCUUGAAGUUUACUUCACACGCUACAACAUCUAGAAGAAAAGAAGGACAAAGCAAGAUUGUCUCUUUUUGCUCCAUAAACAAUAGAUUUAUAGGUAGAGAGAAAGCUAAGUGAUCCAAGUCCGAUAUCUUCUGCCUCUCUGUAUAGACAAACUCAUUUGUUUCACCAUUAUCCUUCAAAAAUUCAAUUUCAUUCAUUUUUCUUU